UACAGUCAUGGCCGAUGUUCAAACCAGCAACAGCUUCUUGUGAAUUUGAAAAGUAGUAUCUACGGUCGAAAAUGAAGAAAUUUAUUAAAACAAUAAAGAAGAAGACACAGAGACAGGGUAGUUACGACCCACAGGCAGCUGGCUCUGAAGAGGCUACGGGAGGGACAGAGACUGGUUAUGUUGUUCGAGAAAAAGAUCUCCCGAAACUUCACAAAGCAGCAUGGACUGGGGAUUUAUCCAAAGUAGUGCAACUUGUGAAAAAGGAUACAAGCUCUCUUGACAAGGAAAACAGGACUGCUUUGCAUCUUGCUUGUGCAAGAGGCCAUGCUGAUAUAGUGAAAGUUCUUCUAGAGUGGCAUGCCAAGAGCAACAUUGGGGACAGUGAAUCUAAAACUCCCCUCCUUAAGGCUGUGGAAUGUGGCCAUGACGACUGUGUGAAGCUAUUAAUAGAACACAAUGCCCAGGUGGACACGGUGGAUAGGGAAGGUAACUCUGGCCUACAUCUGGCUGUUCUCUACAACCAUCCCAAAAUCGUCAAAAUUCUCACAGAUAAAGGCGCCAAUGUCAACAUCAGAAACAAGACUGAGGAAGGCCUGGCUCCUCUACACAUGUCUAUACAGUUUAAAAGGGAUGAAAUAACCCGGGCUUUACUGAUUGCCAAGGCUAAUCCAGAUGUACAGGAUAACCUAGGCAGAACUCCAUUAAUGCUGGCGUGCUAUGAGGGCUCCAUUACUCCUGUCAGAAUGCUGCUGCAGUUUAAUGCCAACACUGUCAUCAAAGACAAGAAAGGCUUUACAGCUGAAGAUAUGGCUAACAUGACAGGACAGUAUGCUGCUGCACAGCUACUUAGUGACCACGCCAUGAAGUUACGGAGGUCCACAGGGGGGAGUCUGGCAGGGAGUGUCACCCCUCGGGAGACCCCACGGGGCUCGAUGGGACCCUCCAGUGCCUCCACCACCCCUAGGGAUCCCUCAUUGUCCCACUUCUUACCAGCAGACAACAAUGACAAAGUUGAAGAGUCUGAUGAGGAGAACACACAGAGCCGAGUUUCACACAGUCAACAGGACGACUCAUGGGCGGACGACAGCGUCAGUCUCGGACUGGACAAGAAAAAGGGUAGAGACGAUGACUCAGACCUGGGGGCGGAGGAUUUGGGCGAGGCAGAUGAAGACGUACCUAAAAUUAGCCUGGCUGCCAAACUUACAAAAUUCCCAGACAGUGAGGGAGAGGAUGAAGAUGUGGAUGAAGAAGAUUAUGAAGAAGACCAGCAGGUUCCUCCUCCAUCACAUAUUCCUGGGCGACAGCAGCAGAGUUCGGUCAAAUCCAACCAAUCACACACCUCCAUCGAGGACAACAUUCCUUACGAUGAGGAGGAAGAGGAGGAGGAAGAGGAAAACAAAGAAGAGGAGCCGGGGAGGAAAAGAACACUCACCGCUAACAGGGUCUCCUUCAGGGACGAGUCAGAGAUCAGGGAAAUUACUGACGAUAACGACACUACAGAUAUUGAGGAAGAUGAGGAAUCGGGUUCUGGUGCCAAAAAACCCAAACUGGACAAUCAUCAGACAUCUUCAUCGGGAUAUUUACCGACAGGCGUAACUAAUUUAUCUCCAUCCUUGGACUUUGACAAGGAGAAACAGAGAGGCAUCUUGAGCAAGCAAAGUGCUGAUGAAAAUCAGGGCAAAGCUUUCUUGGCUGACCUUGGUAUAGACGAUGAUGUGGAUAGUGGUCCAGAGAUCUCCGAGCUGUCUGAUGAGGAACCCACCCUCCCCGCGUCCCCACCCCCCAGAGUCACGGAGGUGGACCCAGACAAUCAGGAGAGUGAGUGGGACUCCACCCAUCCCUCCAUCACCCCCCGGCCAGGGAUACUCAAAAACUGGAAACAGGCAAGCCAAGAGGAGGUGGAGAAAAACACAAAGAAGAAGAUAAUUACACCCAGAUCUGAUGGAUCGGAGUGGGACAGUGACCUAGAAAAUGAGGCGGACCCUGAUCAGGAAAUUGAGGAGAAUAGUCAAGUGAAGGCUAGAUAUGAAGUGACACACUUUGACGAGGAUGACGAUGGUUUGUCUGACUUUGAGGAAAGUGAGGUCGAACUCAAACCAAAACGAAUCGAGGUCCACCGAGAUGGUACCUUAAAGGAGGUCAAGAGGGACGGAACCUUACUGGGGAUAGGGGAUUCCCCCAUAACUCUGGACUACACCCCUAGUGAUGACUUUGAUAUGAAUGUCUCACCCCUGGAACCCUUCCAAGAGGAAUCAAAUAAUGAGGUGGUGGACUUGACCAUAGAAGACGAAUCCCCCAGGGUAGAGGUCAUGGGGCUUGAUGAAAUCCCAGUGCAGUUAGAACCAACAGCUUGUGACAAAAAUGAGGAACUUAGUGAUGACCCAGAAACUGACCACGAGGUGGCCCAGGUGUUGGCCUCAAGGUCAGGGGAUCAGGUCAAGGUCAAGGACAAACCUCAGCCUAAGGAUUCCCCAGAGCAAGUGCCAUCAGAUGAAGAGGUUGAGAGUUUAAAUUUGAUGGUGUUGAAGCACAUUUCUGCACAUAGACAGACCACCAGCCAAUGGGACUCUACAGCAGAAGAUGGGGUCACCCCGAGGAUCCAAAAUAUGACCUAUUUUACUGAAAUGAAAUCAAAGCAAGAAGAAUCAAAAGUAAAUGAAGAAAUUGAAGAUGAAGCUGAAGACCAUCACCUCUCUGUAGAGAAUGAGGUCCAGAAGAUGGAGCCACCAGUCCAGGACAGGAAGAAGGAGGAGAUAAUAGAGCCAGUUCACAGCCUUGACAACCAGGCAGCAGCCGUCCCAAAGAAACAGGAAGCUCUGCUCUCGGAGGAAGAAGAUGAGGACUCAGACUGGGACUCCGAGGAUGAUAUGUUGCCCUCAGAAUCUGCCCCUCCUGUGUAUGGUGUACCUCCUCCCCCAGAAACAAAGGAGAGUUCUCAAAAGGGAGAGCUCUCAGUGUCAGAGGAUAUUGAAGAAGAAUCUAUAAGUGAAUGGGAGAUUGAAAGACAGCAAGAGAAGGAUAAAUUACAGAAACAGAAAUCAAAGGAAGAAGAGCAGCAGAGGAAGUGGGAAGAGGAGCAGAGGCAGGCCAUGGAAGAAGAGGAAAGGCUCCACAAGGAAGAAGAGAGAUGGGCCCAGGAGGAAGAACACAGACUGGAACAAAUCCAAAGAGAGGCUGAGUUGUCACGACAACAGAAAUGGGAGGAGGAGGAGAGGCAGACGCAGGAGAGAUUGAGGAGGGAGGCAGAGGAGGAGCAGAUGAGGGAGCGAGAGCUUGAGGAGGAAUUCCUUGUGGAGGAACAUGCUGAGGAGGAAUUCCUUGUGGAGGACCAUGUGGAGGAGACCCAGCCUCUGUCUCCCAAAUCCCAGUCCUCUUUCGAUUCCUCAUCAGGGUCUCAGAAACGGAAGGAGAUGAAAAAAGCCAGCUUUCUUCACGUGAAAGAUUUUUUGAAAUCUGAGGGUGUAAAAUCUCCUGACACCCCUCCAACAGUGAGACUGAACAUCAAACCCUUCCAGUCAGAGUCCUCCAAACCCCCACAGAAGGAGGUACAGGAGGAAAUUAUAGCUCAUGAAACCAAGGGGGACCUUCAAGCUCCUCCUUCAGAAGGGACAAGCUUUACCUCGGUCAAAACCCAGGCCAUCAAAGAGGAAGUGAAGCAGGUGAAAACUGGUAGCCCUCCCCUGAUUGAUUUAGAACCAGACUCAGUAGAUGGUGCUAGAAAUGAUGGAAAGAAUGUUGAAACAUCCCCGAUGUCCAUUGAGAAGACUCGAUUACCUAUGAAGGAAGACUUGGUUGAAGUGACCACGAGUUUCAACACGGCCUCCCCCCGACCCCCUCCCCAGACCAGUGUGACAGGACAACUUCAUAACGGAUACGACAAAGAUACUGACAUUCAUGGUGGACAGAAGAAUCGGUCCGAUGGCCCCGCCUUCUCCCAUAACCAUAGCCUAGGAGUCAAUUCCUUCAACUCCUCCCCCGCUGUCAAUCAUAAAAGACACGCCCCUCACAUCACGACUGGCACCUCUCCUCCCAACAUGCACAGUGACGGCAUGAGUGUUGAUGAUGAGGACUCCGUAGAUUUUGAUUUUGACAGACCCGCAGACAACAUGGGGACAUAUCUGCGAGGCCUGCCCGGGGGUAACUACGGACCAUACAGGGGGAUAGAUCUGCCUGAUGAUGAUGCUUUCUCCUACACCUCUACAGAGAAUGGGGACAGCAUGAUCUACCAAACCAACACGCCCUACGGAAAAGACGUCCUGGCUAAUAUGAACCUCUCAGAUCCUGCCACCGUGCUGAAGCUCCAGGAACACAUGCAUGAACAGAACAAGAGACUGGAUCAGGAGAAAAACACAAGGAUGACCCUGGACAACAAGAUUAGGUCACUCAACAAGGAGAGGAAUGAACUUCUCAAGAAGAUAGACAAUUUGAGCCAGAUGAGGUCAUCCCUGGAGCAGACAAAGCUUGAUAUGGAGCAAAAGAUCCGCAAUCUGGAGUACAAUCUCAGCGAGGAGGCGGAGAUGAGGAAAAACGCCGAGACACUGCUCGGUAAAACGAAGGAACAGCUGGCUCGUAAAGAGGAACAGUUUACCAAUGAACUGGAGGAGAAACAGAAGACAGAACUCCAGAUGAGGAACCUCCAGCUGGAUCUCCGGACGACCAAAAAUAACAUCAAACAGUUGGAGGAUGAGAAGUCGGAUCUUCAGAGACAGCUGCAGAAUGAGAGGAACGCGCGACAACUCCAGGAACAGUUUAACGAGGACCAGCAAAAGAUCCAGCAGGCCCUUCACUCGGAACAAAUCAAGUCCGAGGCAGAGAAGGACAUUCUGCCCUUUGAUGAUGAGGAUGAAGAUUCCGAGGCAGAAAACAAACUGGAGGCAGUGGAUGAGGACAGGAAGUCCGCUAAUGAGUUACUGAGGAAGUUACGGGCUGAGAACAAUGCAUUUAAGCUGGAAAUUGAGAAGCAGAGACUUCGCCAUCGAGAUGAGGUGACCAUGUUAUCUACAGAGACGGAGGAGCUGCAGAGUAAGAUAGAGGAACUGAAGAAUGAGAUCAAACUGAAUGAGGAGGCACUGUCCCACGCCACUAUCCAGUACAAUCUACAGACCAGUAACCUCCGAACCGAGAUCUCCGUCAUCAACUCCGUACUGGAGAAGGAGAGGGCCAACAAAGAUAAACUGGACUCCGAGCUGGCAUCUUUGAAGACGAGAAAUCACACUAUCUCACUGGAACUGGAUAAAGCAGAGCAGGCCAGGAAUGAGGCAGAGAGGAGAUUGCAGCAUGAGAAGGAGGAGUGGUCAAGGCAGCUGGACACCAGGGAGAAAGAAGUGGCCAGUCUGAAGGACAAUAUACAGGGACUACUGCACCGAAUCACCAACCUGGAGAACAAACUCAACCUCACAGAGAAUGAAUUACACAAAACAGAGGCCACCCUGUUAGAGAAGAACAACAUGUUAAACAAAGCACAGAAGGACCUGGACUUCAUACAGAGUGCUCACACGGCAUCCGAGGAGAAAUGUCACACAGAAAUGGAGCUUCAUAACAAGAUACAGGCUAAACUAGAGCAGCUCCAGGAAAAACACACCACCAUGCAGCAUGAGAACCUGUCCCUCAAACAACAGGUUGAGAACCUCCAGCGGAGCAUUGCGGAGCAGGGCGGGGAUAAGAGUCUGGAAUACACCAAGAUCAUAGCCAGCAUGCAGGCCGACGCUGAAAAGACCAAGCUGCACUGGGAGGAGAGGAAUCUUAUUUUGUCUGACCAGUGUUCUCGACUGAAGGAAGAGAAUCGUAACAUUGAAGCUCGCCGGAAUCAGCUGGAACAGGAGAACGGUCGACUGAACAAUGAGAUAGCGGACCAGAUCCGCAAACUGUCCGUGGUGGAGGCCAAUUAUCAGAAUCUGGAUCAGACUAAGAGAGGUAUGGAGGAAGAGAAGAUGAGGUUACACAUGGAGAUAGAGAAAUACAGAGAGAAGUCGAACCAUGAACGGGAGAAGUGUAUCGAGGCCCAGAGUAAAUACAACACGGUGGAGGAUCAACUGAGGAGGAUCCAGGAGAGAGAGGAAACCAACAGUCAGAAACUCCUCAACAGCUCGGCCAACAUGGAGGCCGUCAAUAAGUCUAAGUCGGAGCUGGAGGAGAGUUACCAGAAUCUUAAGUUGGAAAAUGCGAAACUGGAGGCUGAGGUUAAACAUGAAAGACAGAGGGUGGAAAUGUUACAGAAGGAUCUCAACGACUCACAGAAGGUCCGUAACAGUUUAGAGGCUUUGUGUUCAAAUCUAAAGACAACAAAUUCUCAUCUGGAGGAUAAACUAGGGCAUGCCACAUUCACUGACCUUGGCUCAGAUGAAGAGAACACGACUAAGUCACUUAUAGCUCAGGAGGCAGAGGAACACAAGGAUCUGUGGGAGAAAGAGGUGAUAUCUCGAUCUAAACUCGGUCUCAAGAUCUCCCAGUAUGAAAAGCAGAAACAGGAUGCAUUUGUUCAGCUGGAAGAGGAGAGAAGAAAGCACAGAAAGACGAUAGAAGCCAAGAGGACAGCUGAAAUGAAAUUGGAGGCCGAGAUAGACAAGAAUACUCAGCUACAGAAGGAAGUGGCCAGUUUAAAAACUUACCUGAAGGUGGCCAAGAAGAGAUUAAAGGGCCUUGAUUCCCGUGACUCUAGAAUUAACUCCCUGAGUGCUGAUUUUGAUCGUGAGCGUAUGACCAUGGAAAGUACUCUAUCUUCUGUCAGACAGCAGCUUCAGGACUUACAGCUUCAUUUGGAGAGAGAGGUAGAUGAGAAACAACGACUCCAAUCCAAGAACCUUAAGCUGCAAAAUGAGCUCGCUGAGCUGCAGCAGCUCAAAAAGGCGAUAAAAAAGUUGGAGCUCUCGAAAGAUAAGCUGGAGAGCGAGUAUAAGGCCUAUAAGAAUAAGGUGGAGACUGGCUACGUAGAUCGGGAGGAUUUGGAGCGUAUCCAGCGCGAGAUGGAGGCUCGUUACAGAAUGGAACUGAACCGGAAACUGGAGGACGUCAACCAUUACCUGGAGGACCAGGCUCGAGCUCGCGAGAAACUGGACAUGUCUCGAGACGAAACCGAGUACAAGAUCAGAGACGACCAGAAAAAGAUUCAGGAGGAGAAUGCUUCCCUGAAGAUGAAGUACGAGCAGGCUGUCGCUGAGAGGGAGAGUCGUGAGAUGGAGGUCAAACGUUACAGGGAACUCUACGAGAGCGAGAUGCAAUGGAGGAUGCGUCUUAGUAACCAGUUGAUGCAGACCUCUGACAAAGCCUUCACGUACAAGUCAAACUUAGAAAAACAGAGAAACCGGGCUCUGAAUACUCUAGGAAACCUCACCUUCUCAGGAACACUUAACGGCCAGUUGCUGGACACGAGCCGAAUUUCAGGGACAACGGACGACCUAUUUACCAGUAAACUGAAGGCCGAGUUAGAUCGCAGCAUCAAUAAACACCUAGAAGCAGAUUUUACUUCAUUUUGUACAUCAAGGAGAAAAUCACACCCCAUGACAAUGGAAAACCUGUGAUCCGCCUACACAGUGAUACAAUGAACUCCUCCUUUGCCAAAUCUAAUGCAGACUACUUAGAAGUGCUACAGAGAAAAUAUCUUGUUUAGCCAUCAAUAUUGUUCAGUCAUUUCAUCCAUAACUUAUCAACAACACUUCGUCCUUGUUUUCCAAGGGCUGAGAGAAGUUUUCAUAACGAUCUGUCUACAUGCAUAUUCCAGAUUUUUCUACUCGGCAAAAAUCAGUUUCGUUUUUCGAAGGAAUAUGUUAAUGCUCAUCUGAUUUUAUGAUUACAUCUCUCACCAUAAUUAUGCAAUAAUUAUUUUAUUAUAUGCAUGAACUCAUAAUCAAAAGUCAACAUGCUUUAUCAAGAUUUUAACAUAUAUGCACACUAUUAUUUGUUUGGUAUCUGAUCAAAUUGGAAGGAUAUUAAUAUUUUUUUCAGGAUUACUAUUCCAGUUGCAUCCCAUUAUGAGCAAAAUUAGGUUUUAGUGACCUAAAAAUUUUAAGUUUUAUAUUUUUACUCAACUUAUGCAAUAUUAUUUUUACACAGUUACAUUUACAAGUGCACAUAUCUGUGAUAUUUGGUUUUGAAGCCUUCACAAACAGAGUAUAAUUUACAUAACAUAUACUACAUGUAGUACAUGUAUUUAUAUUUACUUUGUGUAUUUGUGAACUAGAAUCUACUUAACAUAUCGUGUAAAUAAAGGCUUUAUCAACAGUUAUUCAGUAGGAAUUUGUACCCUAGAAGUUUAAAUCUGGUGAUAUUAAUACUCAGUGUGAUAAAAGAGACAUGUUUUUUCAACAGAUGCUUUUCAUAGCUUUAAACAUUUACAGUAGACAUGAAGAAGUCUUUUAUAGGAAAGGGAUUAGGUAUUUUGUCUUUAGUGGGUUGCCAUAAUUUUUCUGUAAAAAACAGAGAACAAUUUUGGGGUAAAGUUGGUUUGUAUUCCAUUCUAGUCAAUUUUAUUUUUAUUUGCACUAGUUGAAAUUUAUAUAAAGUGCACUUUAGGAAAAAGUUAAGAAUUUUACUGAUUGACAAUUUUUGACUUUCUUGUCAUGAUUGUAACAAUGGGUUAUGAUAUCAGAAGGCCAUUUAGAGAGACAAGGGUUGUAUGGUGUGGAUUUAUUUUUUAAUUAUUUAGCGGGUUGUUUUAUUGCACUAGUAUGUAUUGCACUUCCGUCCAGUAGUUUUAAUGGAUAAAACCUGGUGUUCAUGCAGUUAUCCAUGCCUUAUAAACUAAGGAAAUCAUCCAUCCAUUUUAUGUUUUUCUUUUGUUUUAUUUUUUGUCAUUUUAUUAUUGAUGUACCAUCAUCACAUUCUAUACAUUAUAUUAUAAAAUUGAUGAUAUUUUAAUAUAUAAAUUAUUUUAACUGCUUA